AUGGACGCUCGAGAAGAAGAACUAAAAUGUCCUGUUUGUGUAGAGCCUUUCACAGAUCCUGUACGCCUUCCAUGUGGGCACAACUUCUGUCAAACCUGCAUCCAAGUGGUCUGGAACAUGGAUGACCCAGAAACAUCUAGAGAAGGGCCACUGUUCUGCCCGGAAUGUCAAAUCCUCCUUCCUCCUGACCUUGAGCUUGAGAUCAGCGCAGAUCUUCAAAGGAAAGUUCAGGAUGCCUUUGCAAGAGCACCUCUGCUGGAAGAAUCAUCUCAAAUGUCACCUUCUAUUAUCACGUGUGAUCAGUGCAUUGGGAAGACUGAGGUGGCUGUGAAGAGCUGCCUCACCUGCGAUGCCUCUCUGUGCUCUGCUCACACCCUCCUGCACCAGCAGAGAGAGGCUUUAAGAUGGCACUCUCUCAUCGAAGUAACUGAAGACUUGAUUUCCUUUAAGUGUAAGGAGCAUGGGGAGGAGCUGAAACUCUUCUGUCAGGAGGACCAGAUUGCUGUGUGUUGUCUGUGCAUUGCAGUUGGUUCUCACAAAAACCAUCAAGCUGUUACGCUGCAAGAGGCAUGCACAGAGUUCAAGAAGGUGUUGAAGACCAACAAAUCACUUCUUCUACAAAGGAAGCAUUUAGCCAAGUCUGCUUUGCAAGAUUUGGAGCCAUUAUUUUCAGAGGUGUUGAAAAAUGCAGAAGCAUAUAGAGUCAGAAUAGUUGAGAAAUACAGCCAGAUAAAAGCCCACAUCGAGGAGGAUCAGAAGCUGAUGUUGGCCAUUCUGGAAACAGAAGAGAUUUACACCAACAAGUGGCUGAGAUGGAGGAGUGAGUCACUAAAGUGUCAUGUUAAAGAGAUUAAUGCUGUCCUAAAAUCAAGCCAAACUCUCCUCGAGGCAGAGAAUGAUGUCAGAUUUCUCCAGCAUUUCAAAAAACAUGGAAUAGGGUCUCAGAGCAAUAAGUUUGGACCCAGAAACAGCACACCCUGAGUUGGAGGUGUCAGCAGACAGGCUGGAGGUACACUGGAGUAAGAAACCAACCCCAGAGAGGAAACGGAAAACAAACAUCAGCUCUCAGUACAGUGUCCGGGCCAAGGAGAGAUUCUGCAGCGGCUCCCAUUAC